UGAGAUGCACAGCACCUUGGGGCUCUCCAGGGAAUCCUCCUGCUCUGGUUGUGACCAUGGGAAAGAGAGUGGCGGUUGUGCUGGCCGGCUGUGGGGUGUAUGACGGGAGCGAGAUCCACGAGUCUUCUGCCGUGCUGGUGCACCUCAGCAGGGAGGGGGCACAGGCAGAGGUUUAUGCUCCUGAUGUUGACCAGAUGCAUGUGGUGGACCAUGUGAAAGGACAGCCAACUCAGGAGAAGCGCAACGUGCUAGUUGAAAGUGCCAGGAUAGCCAGAGGCAACAUCAAGGAUCUAGCUAAGCUGGAUGUCAAGGGGCUGGAUGCCCUAAUCAUACCAGGUGGCUUUGGAGUGGCUAAAAACCUGAGUACUUGGGCUACCCAAGGCAAGAACUGCAUCAUCUCCAAAGAGGUGGAGGAGGUCCUGAGGGCAUUCCACGCUGCCAAAAAGCCCAUUGGCCUGUGCUGCAUUUCCCCAGUGCUGGCAGCCAAAAUCUUCCCAGGCUGUGAACUGACCGUGGGUCAUGACACAGAGUGUGAGAAAUGGCCUUACGCAAAGACUGCUGAGACCAUGAAGGAACUUGGUUGCAAGCAUGUGAACAAACACGUCACUGAAAUUCACGUGGAUGUGAAGAACAAGCUGGUGACCACCAGUGCUUUCAUGUGCAAUGCCCCCAUUCAUGAGAUCUACGAUGGCAUUGGAAAAAUGGUCAAAGAAGUGGUUAGACUCGCCUGAAUGCCACAGAACCACAGAAUCCAUCUCCUCUGGAGUGCAGGCACUGAGCCUUGGAUAUGUUCUUCCCCUUCAUACACCCACUUGUCAACAGGCAAGCUGCUACUCAAACGGAGUUCUGCCCCCCCACCAGACCACUGUGGCUGCUGAGGAGGGAGAACUCCGGAGCAAUGUAAGCAUUGUCGUGUUCUGCCGAGGACACGCCACUUACUGCCAGCAAACUGUCAGUAAUUGGAGUGUGGGCACGCACCGAGCUGGCGCGCAGAAGCCAGGUUUCCACGGGGCUCAGAUGCAGCCGAUGUCUUUAGUUCUGAGUGGCUGAGGAGUCGCCUGGGCCCUGUCAGCCAUGAUACCAUGGGUCAAUGGUCCCUUUCUGAGAUUCCUUACACAUCCGUCUUUGCCAGUACUCAAAGCUCCCCACAAACCUCCACCUCACAGAACAGAUGAAUUAGUGGCAAAAGGAAAGAACACGAUUUUGUUGCUGAAUAAAACCUAACACUUUUCACAUGGGCUGAAUUUUGCUUUCAUUUUUGCCUUUUAAUCUGGAUUAGGACAUGCUCGUAGUGCUAUGGGUUGGUCAGUGAUUGGAGAAAACAAUACAGGAAGAAGUCACCAGCAGCAAAUCCCACUGGUUUUUCUAGGAUUUGUCAAAACCCAGAUGUGGGCAUGAAUAUGACAUCA